AUGGGCCACCUUGUGUCGAAGGAACCGCGUAAGCGCCCGAGCCAGAAGAGGCCUCGCUGUUGCAGCUGGUGCCGCCGCCGGCGUCCCCUCCUCAGGCUGCCCCGCCGGACCCCGGCUAAAGCGCCUCCUCCUCCUCCUCCUUCUCCUCCUCCGGCGGCGGCGGCUGCUGCUGCUGCUGCUGCUGCUGCGGCGGCGGCGGCGGCGGCUACGGCGCCCGGGAGCCGGGACUGCUUCUUCCGCGGGCCCUGCAUGCUCUGCUUCAUCGUGCACAGCCCCGGCGCGCCCGCCCCCGCCGGCCCAGAGGAGGAGCCGCCGCUCUCGCCGCCGCCGCCGCCGCUGCCGCUGCCUCUGCUGCCGCGGGACGGGGCCUACAACGCCGCCUCCUCCUCCUCGCAGCACCUGGCGCGGCGCUGCGCGGCCCUGGCCGCCGAGGACUGCGCCGCCGCCGCCGCCCGCCGCUUCCUGUUAUCCUCGGCCGCCGCUGCUGCCGCCGCCGCCGCCGCCGCCUCGGCCUCGUCGCCGGCCUCGUGCUGUAAAGAGCUGGGGCUGGCCGCGGCCGCCGCCUGGGAGCAGCAGGGCCGGAGCCUCUUCCUGGCCAGCGUGGGGCCCGUGCGCUUCCUGGGGCCUCCCGCCGCCGCCGUGCAGCUCUUCCGGGGGCCGCCGCCUCCGUCGCCUCCGCCGCCGCCGGCCGAGCCCUCCACGCCCCCCGAGAUGGUGUGCAAGCGCAAAGGGGCCGGGGUCCCCGCCUGCACCCCCUGCAAGCAGCCCCGCUGCGGCGGCGGGGGCUGCGGCGGCGGCGGCGGCGGAGGAGGAGGAGGAGGAGGAGGAGGGCCUGCCGGGGGAGGCGCCUCGCCGCCGCGGCCCCCCGACGCCGGCUGCUGCCAGGCCCCCGAGCAGCCCCCGCCGCCACCGCUCUGCCCCCCGCCCUCGUCCCCCGAAGGAGCCCCCUCCGAGACCGCCGGGGCCGGGGGCACCGCCCCCUCGCCCGCCCCGCAGCAGCAGCAGCAGCAGCAUGAAUGCAGAGACGCGGGCUGUCAGGAGCCCCCCGGAAACCCCUGCGACUGUCCCAGGGAGCCGCCCCCCGAAAGCCCAGACAUCAACCAGCUGCCGCCGUCCAUCCUGCUCAAGAUAUUUUCCAAUUUGUCCCUGGACGAGCGUUGCCUUUCCGCAUCGUUGGUUUGCAAGUACUGGCGUGACCUUUGCUUAGAUUUCCAGUUCUGGAAGCAGCUGGAUCUUAGUAGUCGGCAGCAGGUCACUGAUGAAUUAUUGGAAAAAAUUGCGUCAAGAAGUCAGAAUAUAAUCGAAAUCAACAUUUCUGAUUGUCGCAGUAUGUCUGACACUGGAGUAUGUGUUUUAGCAUUUAAGUGUCCUGGACUUCUUAGGUAUACAGCCUACAGGUGUAAACAACUUUCUGACACCUCCAUUAUUGCGGUCGCCUCACACUGUCCUUUGCUUCAGAAGGUACAUGUAGGUAAUCAGGACAAGCUUACUGACGAAGGACUCAAACAGCUGGGCUCAAAAUGCAGAGAACUGAAAGAUAUUCACUUCGGACAAUGUUACAAGAUCUCAGAUGAAGGCAUGAUUGUCAUAGCGAAGGGCUGUCUGAAAUUACAAAGAAUAUACAUGCAGGAGAACAAAUUAGUGACAGAUCAGUCUGUGAAAGCAUUUGCAGAACACUGUCCUGAGCUCCAGUAUGUUGGCUUCAUGGGUUGUUCGGUCACGUCUAAAGGCGUCAUUCACCUCACCAAGCUGAGAAACCUUUCCAGCUUGGACCUACGUCAUAUCACUGAACUGGAUAAUGAAACUGUGAUGGAAAUUGUCAAGAGGUGCAAAAAUCUUAGCUCUCUCAAUCUCUGCCUGAACUGGAUCAUAAAUGACAGGUGUGUGGAGGUCAUUGCAAAGGAAGGACAAAACCUGAAAGAGCUGUAUUUGGUGUCCUGUAAAAUCACAGAUUAUGCCCUGAUUGCCAUUGGGCGCUACAGCAUGACCAUAGAGACGGUGGAUGUCGGAUGGUGCAAGGAAAUCACAGACCAAGGAGCCACCUUGAUUGCGCAAAGCAGCAAGUCUCUGCGGUACUUGGGGCUCAUGAGAUGUGAUAAAGUCAAUGAAGUGACAGUGGAGCAGCUCGUGCAGCAGUACCCACACAUCACCUUCAGCACUGUCCUGCAGGACUGCAAGAGGACCUUGGAGAGAGCCUACCAGAUGGGCUGGACCCCCAACAUGUCGGCCGCCACCUCCUAACACCUGUGCUCUUGCAGGGUCAUUCAGCAGGCCCAAGGGGCCAUGUAGAUUUGGGGUGGGGAUCCCCGAGUGGUUUUAGGUGUCACCUGUGUGCGUGUGUACCAGAGUGUGUCUACCUGUGUGCUGUUUGCUUACCACGCAGCCCGAGCGCACCCAUUACCUGUUCCCCAGUGAGCUGGGCUUUGUUUCUUAAAUUUACAGAUCAUGAGAGCCACAAACAUUUGUUUUUAAGUUCAAAGGCUUACUUUUCUAAUAAGUAUUUUUUUAAAUAUCCAUUUAAAUAGAUUGAGUGUGUCAUUGUGAGUGUCUAAUUGCUGACACUUGCCAAUGUCCCAAAAGGAAGGCCACCUCUUUGAUGGGGUGGAAUGGUGUGCUUGCCCUGGGGAAACCCCAGAGGGACGGGACACUCAAGAGAAGCCUGCAAUGCAACAGUAUCCACAGCUUACACACACACACACAGAGCAGGGCUGUUCCUCUAGAUCCAUUUCCUGGAAGAGGAGCCUUCCUCCAGGGCCGCUGAGGAAGUAGGUCAUCGACUCUGGUGGCUCAGCCUAGCACAGUGUAUCCAGAGGCGGCCAACUUCAUAUUUGGUGGGUGACUUGGGGACUUGAGAGAAUAAAGCCUUUUUAAAAUAUUUUAUAUAGAGGCAACAAUCCGAACUCCCUUAGCCAGCUCACAAAUUAUUCAUUAUUCUGCAAAUGCAUUCUGUUGAGUACUAAAUAUUUUAGUUGGUUUUACGUUAACAUUGUGUUAGCUUUUAUUUCAUAGAUAGUAACUGGUUGGGAUAUAUUUUUGAUGAUAUUUGGAGCUAAUCUUAUCCACGUCGAAGCCACCAACAUAACUAAUGGUGUGAAGUUAUUAAUAAAAACUACAGAUCACUUCAUUGUUAACUUUGGUAAUUAUGAAAGUACAUUUGAGAUUUUGGGGUAGUUGCAUUAGUAGCAUUAUCAAUAAACAAAAUAUAAAUAGACAAUCCUAUUGAAUUCUUUUAUUUUUGCUUUGCUUUGGUUUGGGAACAGGUUGUUUUGGAUCUAUGCAUGUUAUUCUUUGAGUAGUUCUUAUGCUACUGCGAAGAUCUAUUGCUAGCUAGCAUAUGAUUUAAGAAAAAUUAGAAAAUCUGUUCAUUCAGAUUCUGUUUACAGUUGUCGGAGUGAGCAUUUUCUUGCUUUAUUAAAGAUUGUGAGCUUUCGGUGAAGACAGUACCUAUCAGUAAAUGAAUAUAUAUUUUGAUUUCACACGUCUCUACAAUAAAUUCAUAGUAGGGACUCGGGCUCAAGUAACUUUUCCUGUGUCUAGAUUUAUCAACAAGACAGCAGGGAGCCUUCUUAAGUUAAAGAGUGAUUAUCUUUUCUCUGUAGAACUAGACAAAAUCCUGACUUGUGGAUUUGCUAUUUAUUCUUCCCUGGUGUGGAUGUAACUAUUAGUUGGUCUUUAACAGUUAAACUGACUUGAUACUGUUUUCUGUAAGUCCCAAUGUUGCUAAGGUAAUACAUGCAUAUAACCAUAGAUACCUUUACAUUUGGAUGCCAUUCACAUAUUUAUGAUGAAUUUUUUGUAAACACCUUUCCUUUGAUUAUGUCAACUUGUUUCCAAUAUGGCAUUUUCUUCUUUUGUUUUUAAUCCCAAUCACUUAAGAAAAUCUAGUUAGUAAGACCUAGAAUAUUUCCCAUAAUUAUACAGGAUUACUACUUUAAUUUGAAGGGAGUAACAUUAAUAAACUGAAAUUCUUACAUGUUGAACAACCAUUUCAUUUCCAUAUGCAUUUCUCCACCGAAGAAUCUUAUUUCAUAAUAUUUUAACUGAUUUUAACCCAAAACUAAUUUAUAAGACAGUAUGUAUAGUAAGAAUAGCUUGAGUGAAUAAACAGAACUUUAGUUUUUAUAUGUCACACUAUAUUUUAAACAGUUUUGAAAAAAGAAGGGAGAGCCAUCUGAUGUAGAUGGUAGCAUUUCAGUUCAAAGUUGAGAUCCUCUUUGGCGUGCUUCAUGUUGGGUGUCAGAUGGCUGCAGAGUGCAUAACCGAUUUCCCUUUUUGUUGUUGCAUUGUUUGAAUCUGACUCGCAGCACUGUAACAUGCUUUUAGCUGAGGUUUGGGGGUGGCGGGGUGGGGGGACAUGCACUUACUCUAAAAUGUUGACUAAUCCCAAAAGCCUGAUGCAACAUAACCUGGAAACCUGCUUUGGUCCAUUUGUAGAAACCUGUAGAAAUCUCAUACCUAGCCUCGAAGCAUAAAUUACAAAACACAGCCAGGAAAAGCAUCCCCCAGCACGAGCCUGUGUCGGUCGGUGAAUGUGCUCUCAUUAGAUGCUUUGAAAUGAGGCUUUCAAUAAUUUUUCUGGGCAAUAUAGUUUGUUCUUUUUAUAUAGCUUAGAGUGUCAUAAAUACAUGUGAACAUGUUUAAUGCAGGGCUUUUUAUCCUCUCCGAAAUGUCAACAGUAUUUUCAGAAUAAAGACUAUGAAAUAUAUGGCUGUAGUGGAAAAUCCUGGUCCUUUGUCUUUAAUGUCUUUUUGAGUGGAUAAAGAAAAUUCACCCAGUUUGUAGUUUCUAUAUUUCUGUGAAUCUUUUGACCUUGCAAUGGAUUGCAAUAAAAGAGAAACAGAA